AUGGAGGCGCAGAGGCUUCAGUUGGAGAGAGAUAGGGAAGAGUUGAAGCUUCUUAAAUGCACGCUAAAAGAGAGAGAAGAAUCGAUGGAGAGGGAGAGAGAAGUAGUAUUCAAGGAGGUUGAACUAAUGCUAAAACUAAAAGAAGCCUUGAAGUUAAAGAAGGAAGAGUUGAAUGAGAGGGCGGUUUUGAAGAAGGAAAGGGAAAUGCUAAUGAGGAAGAAGGAAGAACUAAAGAAGGAGAGGGAAGAGUUGGAGGAGGGUAAGGUGGGGUUGAAGAAGUAG